AUGAAAACAGACUUGGACUCUGAAAAGGAGAAAUUGGAACAAGCUCAGAAUGACCUCAGUGCUUGGAAGUUUACACCCGACAGGUGAUGCUGCUGAUUUUUUAGUGCAACCUUGAAUGACUUACUGACAACAGCACUGACCUCUUACGUUCUGUUCACACGAGGUCUUUUCUGUGCCAAGUGGAUCAGAUAUGAUACCGAAAUGGACCGCUUCUGUUCACACGGGACCGGUCUUUUUAUGAGCAGUUUGUUUACACGGAACCUUUCUGCUGUUGUCCGCUUUUGGAGGCCCAGGUGGAAACAAGAACCGGUCCUCGACGACAUCGGAUUGUUUGCACGUACAAAAAGGCAGAGUACUUAAUAGGAGUCCUGCGUACUUGUACAAGACCGUUUACACGUUAUUGUUGUUGUUGUUUUUCUCCUUUUGAGAUCAGCACCCCAAAAAUGUUGUAGACCUGUACCGAAGAGUGGACAAGCGUUUACACAUUAAUUAAAAAAAGGAAACAAAAAUGCGGUACGGAACCGAUUGUAUUCGGAUGAAAAGUCCCGUUUACGCGAGCGAAACGGAACGUUACGGCUCGAACAAAAACGAUACGUUUGAAUCUACAUUGUAGCCGUUUUUGUCUCGUCGCGCAACGCUCCUCCUCAAUAAAUGGCUGCUUACUUUCGAACUGUUGGGGAGGAGCGUUGAAGGCAUGACCGAGGAACAGAUCGCCCUAGCGUGACGAGACAAAAACGGCUGCGAAGGAGACAAGUUUGCAUGUUACCCGUUUCGUUCCUAAAAAAGUCCAUAACAGGGAACAUUUUGUCCUCUAAGAUCGGUUCCGUACGUGCAGUUUUCUUUUCUUUUCUUUCCAACGUGUAAACGCUCGCCAAGGUACCGAUCUUUAGGUACGUGGGGUCUGGAAAAAUAACAACAACAACAACAACGUGUAAACGGUCUUGCACCUGUUCCCCGGGGAUGUUACGUACCUUGGCUGUGUUUUCUCGGGUGUAAUCUCUGGCAAAACCUGCAGGUGUAAAACCAACCAGUAUUCAUUGAGAACCGGCACUUGUUUCUACCGGAGCCGUUCCGUCUCUUAUGAACCUUUUUUAUUUGCACCAGUUAAGAUCAAAUUGGACGGUGCGUUUAUUGCCAGUUAUGAAUGAGGAAUUACGGUCAUUUCACCCACUUUUUGUUUUACUGGUACUCAGUUCGCGGUGAAAACGUUUUAAAAAGAGGUAUAAACAAACUUUUAUCUGUCCUGGCGACGUCUUUAACUACAGAAGCAGUAGUAAGUUAUGGAGGGGUUGACUAGUUAAGUGAAGUAACAUUUAACAUUCGGGUGUGCUUACCGUUCUUCCUGUACUUAAAAGAGACUUUUAGGUUCUGAGACAAGAGAACGACUGCGAGUAGGAGAUUUUUUCAAUAGAGAGAUUAAGCAUCGCGUUUACGGCAAACAGCAAACGUGAGAUUCAAGUUGAGAAAUUUUCAAAAUGAGAAAUGAGCAGAUAAAAACAGCUUAAAACAAUUCUUAUGGAUAGAAUUGGUGCGAAUCUACCGAUUUUCGUGUAGCUAUAGUUACAGUAAACGACAGGUGAAUGGAAAUCUUGGUCUUGUGGUACAAAUAUUAACAUUUGCCGUUUGCCGUAAACGUGAUGCUAGCCUUUCUAUUACUAAGUAGUUCGCGCGCGUGAACCAGCGUCAUUUUGGCGGGAAACGUGGUAGCCGUCGUCAUUCUACUACGGGGUUUAGCAAAAAUGUCCCAGUGGCGAAAACAAGUUAUCACAAAUGUUAGAAGUUUUAUUAUUAUGCCUUCGGGAGCUUCAAUAAAAACUAAUAAUCGUGCUAACUUUUCCGCUGAAAAAAAGUGCAUUGAAAAAUUUUCUGGGGGGUCGAGUUUACAAUAAUGCACGAAAAAAAUUGAAGUUAAAUCUCGUCCUCGUUCGUAGUCGUCCUCGUCCUUGAACCUAGGCUCGAGGGAGGAGCACGGGCUCAUUUCCCGAACAGCGGUUGGUAAUGGAGCCUUAACCUGAAGCCUCUAUUUAACCUUUUCUCUCCUCCAGUGAGUGAUGGAGUAUUGAAGGAGGUUUUAACUUAUGAGCGUAUAAAUUAAAUACUCCAGUCUGACCAUUCAAAGGAAACAUCAUUUGCACUACUUUCCGCGUGGUUUCUACUUGUUUUGUACGUAUUUCUAACUGACUUUGAAUUUGUGGAAGAAACCCUACGGUUUGACCAUUCAAAUGAAACCACUUUUGCUGUCCUUUAACAUGGUGCUGUUUGUUUUUCCGCAUUUCUAAAACGUGAAAUUUUGACGUUUGUCAAUUUUUGAGUUUGGCCUGUCCUGGGAGUGAAAGUGUUGAACAACAAAAUUAACUGGUUUUGUGUGAAUUGUGUUUUACAGUGUAACUGGUAAGAAACUGAUGGCGAAAUGCCGCAUGUUGAUCCAGGAAAAUCAGGAGCUCGGUCGUCAGUUGUCGCAAGGACGAGUCGCUCAACUGGAAGCUGAACUUGCUCUUCAGAAAAAAUACGGCGAUGAACUGAAAGGGAGUCAAGAUGGUGAGGCUGACAAUACUGCGAAGCUAGCUACUGUUCUAAAUUGAGUUAACAAGAGUGAGAGUGAAUUGCUUUCUGACUGGUACACUUCUAGGGUCUGGGUCAAAGACGUGGCUUUUUAAGUUAAUUCUGUUGUUUUAGGGAGUAACAAGCUCUUACUUAAAUCACGGCUUUGUGACGUGCAUUGUGAAAAAAUCACAAUUACAUGGAAACUCAUGUUAGUUUAACUUCAGGGGCGACAGUUUCAAGUUUACCUGGUUCCGCUCAACUAUGCAUUCGUUUGACUUCUUUGUAUAGCUAUGUUAAAGUCAACUUGUUCCGUGGCCGGUGGGCAAGUGCUGAAUGAACACUCUACUUUAUUUAUGUCUGUCUUGGGUAACUUGCAAUUGCCGACAAAAUUGUUGAGACUAUCCUCAAAUGGGGUACUUCGGAGAGCAAGACAUCUGAACCUCUCCUCUCCCCCCUCCAUUUCAAGUUGUCAGUGGUGUUUGUUGUUUGUUACUGGCAGCUGGUACAGAGGCCUAACAGUGCUUGGAGGGGGUGGGGUAAGGAAAGCUUCAUUUCUCACUUUCCCUUCCCCUUCGAACGCCUGCCACGCUGGCUACUUUUUAAGUGCAAAACGUCACAAAGGGUCUUUAUGGCAAAGUGUUUUAACUAUUGUUUCCCCGAUUGUAGCCUGCAAGCAAGCUCUACGACUGGAAAUCGCGAGAGUUGUGCUUGCUCGCAGACUAGCGGUAACCAAGGUUUUUUUUACAGAUUUGUUGAUGCCUGGGACCUUUUUUUACUCUUCGAGGUGUGAUAUGCAGUUUAUUUUAGUGAGUGAGCAUAUGGAGUUGUUAACACGUGUUUGUAGAGUCUUGAUUGUCCUGAAAAGAGAGGUGUACCGUGGCUUGUUGGAGUGACGCUACUAAUCACAGUUGGGCCGAAGUCGUACCAAUGAUGGUAUGGACAACAAAAUGGUCGCUGGCUAUUCCUUUGGCAUCUACAUGUAUCUGAUAUUGAUUCCUGUGUAAAAUUACUGAAAUUAAAAUUUCUGAUUGUUAAAAUUUAAGUUACUGAUUAUUAUCCCGUUUUAGAGUUGAACGACUUCGUUAUCCAACUAGAUGAGGAAGUUGAAGGCAUGCAGUCAACCAUCUUAACGCUUCAGCAUCAACUCAAAGACUGCAAACAGCAAUUGACUCAAUCACAAGAGAAAUUGCUUAUUUAUGAAGACAAACUAAAGACAAGUGAAGGUUUGCUUGCUGAAAUGCGCCAGCAAAAUUCACCGGUCAGUCUUAAGUCCGAGGAACAAGAGGAGCAUGCGCCAUCGCAAGCGCAAUUGCAGCAAGCGAAAGCGGAAGUAUGGACCAGCGGUGUUGAAUCUGCGACAGGCGGCGAGGAAGGCGAUAAGACAUCCCCCGCCUCGCAAAGCGAAGAGAGCGUUGAGGAAGAAAGGAUACUGCUUAGCGCUCCCGUCCCCGUUCCAGUUACUUGUACUUUUCCCACUAAACCUGUAGCGAGCGCGCCUUCGGCAUUCUCUAUCAGCCAGUUGCUCUCAUCCGACUCGAACCUUGGGAAGGAGAAAAAAGAGAAAAACUCUUUAGAAAACGGCAGUAGUGAACACAAAAUCCCACCGGCGUUAGAACCUUGUGCUGAAAUAACCGAAUCCCCUCUUAUCGCGGCCAUGGGUGUGGUGGAGAGAAUCGGCUGUGAUUCGAACACUUACAAUGGGAAGGUGACGGGUUAA